CAACUUUGAGCUGUUUGAUCCCUAGAAGUAUACCAGAGCCCAGAAGUAUACCAAAGCCUUCCGGUUCCAGUGCUUGUUGGAAAUGCUGGGGAAAAUGGAAUGCAAAGUCGAACUCUUGGCCGCUCUGAGAUAUUCCCAUGCUGAACGAUCCCUGGAGACAUAACUAUAAACCCAAGUCAGCCCUGUCAUAACGGCCAUGGCAGUCGUUCAAUAUCGCAACUCUCAUACCAGUAUCCCCAGCCGCACAGACAUUUUACAACCACCAUGAAGCUCGCAACCGUCCUCUCCCUAGCUGUAGCAGUCUCGGCGUACUGCUGCGUUCCCCCAGUAAAGCCCGCAGGUCCCGAAGGACACGCCCACACCUUCAACUUCGACUACGAAGGCGAGACCGGCCCCCUCAACUGGCAUCACAUCGACCGAGACAACUCGCAAUGCGCCCACGGCAAGCACCAAUCGCCUAUCGACAUCAGCUCCAACAGCGUCACGAUCGCCCCGCGCGGCUCCGUGCGCAUUAACAUCCCUAAGGCUUCUACCGCGAAGCUCGAGAACCUGGGCUCUGGGCUUGAGGUCGUCCUCACUAAUGGCUCCCUGACGACCCCCAAUGGCAAUUACCAGCUUGCUCAGUUCCAUUGGCAUACGCCUAGCGAGCAUCGCAUAAGCGCGCAGCACUCGCCCAUGGAGGCGCAUUUUGUUUUCAAGGACGCGGCAAGCCGCAUCGCCGUCGUAGGCUUCCUAAUCGAGCUCUCCGAGACCGGCAGCUCAACCUGCCUCUUCGACUCGAUAUUCUCCCUCACAGACGCCGUAUACCAUCCCGGUGAAUACGUCCACACGGGCCCGCUGGACUUCACCGAAGUCAACCACCAUCUGGACCUGAACCCUCCGUACCAGUACUCGGGGUCUCUGACUACGCCGCCGUGCACCGAGGGCGUCAGUUGGUAUGUGAGCAGCGAGCCCAUGCUGCUGAGUGUUCGGAGCUAUAAUAAGGCGAAGAGGCUGCUGAAGUUCAAUGCUCGCUAUAUUCAGAAUACUCUGGGUGCGGAGAAUCUGUUGCAGGUUGCUGAGGAUUAG